UCCCCUCCCGUGGCGGGAGAAUCUGUGUGUGCUCCUCACAGGACAGAACCUCCAGGAAGUAUUCUCCCAAACCUCCUCAGGACAGACUGAAAGUCAAGUGAACCCUGCCGGACUCCAGUGAUGAUGAAGUCGUGGUAGCCAGCAGAGACUUUGGACCACCUUUGCUCCAUUUGGACAUUUUCAAGUGUUGGCACAUGUAGCACACACCCCAGAGAGGAACAAGUGCCGUGCACGGCCGCAGAGGUUCGUCCAUGUUCGGCAUCGAGGAGAGCAUCCAGCGGAACGGCAGCAGCCUAAAAGAGGAGCCGCUGGGGGGCAUGAACGCUGUUCGGGGCUGGAUGCAGGGGGGCGGCGUGCUGGAUGCCCACACGGCCGCCCAGAGUGGAGUGGGUCUGGCCCGGGCCCACUUUGAAAAGCAGCCCCCCUCCAACCUGCGCAAGUCCAACUUCUUCCACUUUGUUCUGGCCCUGUAUGACCGCCAAGGUCAACCUGUGGAGAUCGAGAGGACCACCUUUGUGGACUUCAUCGAGAAGGACAAGGAGAGCAGCGGAGAAAAGACGAAUAAUGGCAUUCAUUACCGCCUACAGCUGCUCUACAGUAACGGCAUCAGGACGGAACAAGACUUUUAUGUUCGACUUGUCGACUCCAUGAGCAAACAGCCUAUCGUGUAUGAGGGCCAAGACAAGAACCCUGAGAUGUGUCGAGUUCUGCUCACGCACGAGAUCAUGUGCAGUCGCUGCUGUGACAAGAAGAGUUGUGGGAAUCGCAACGAGACGCCAUCAGACCCAGUCAUCAUCGACAGGUUUUUCCUUAAGUUCUUCCUCAAGUGCAACCAGAACUGCCUGAAGAAUGCUGGGAACCCACGAGACAUGAGGAGGUUCCAGGUGGUGGUGUCGACCACCGUGAGCGUGGAUGGACAUGUCCUGUCUGUGUCUGACAACAUGUUUGUCCAUAACAACUCCAAACAUGGCCGACGAGCCCGCAGGCUUGACGCUGCCGAAGGAACGCCCUCGUACCUCGACCACGGAGCAGCGCCGUGCAUCAAAGCCAUCAGUCCCAGUGAAGGUUGGACCACAGGGGGAGCCACUGUCAUCAUCAUAGGAGACAACUUCUUUGACGGCCUACAGGUCAUCUUUGGAACCAUGCUGGUGUGGAGCGAGCUGAUCACGCCGCACGCCAUCCGUGUGCAGACGCCACCAAGACACAUUCCUGGUGUGGUGGAAGUCACUUUAUCCUACAAGUCCAAACAGUUCUGUAAAGGCACGCCAGGAAGGUUCAUAUACACAGCUCUCAACGAGCCAACCAUCGACUACGGCUUCCAAAGACUCCAGAAGGUCAUUCCUCGUCACCCUGGUGACUCUGACAGGCUGCCAAAGGAGGUGAUCCUCAAGCGUGCAGCCGACCUGGUGGAGGCACUGUACGCCCUGCCCCACGGCAACCAGGAGAUCAUUCUGAAGCGAGCGGCCGACAUCGCAGAAGCUCUCUACAGCGUUCCACGAGGCCACAAUCAGCUCGCUGGCUCCGCCCACGCCGGAAUGAUGGGCGUCAACUCGUUCACAGGGCAGCUAUCCGUCAACGUGUCGGAGGCGGCGCAAACCAAUCAGGCAGGCUUCGUGCGCAGCAGCAGCAGCAGCGUGUCUCCGCAUAGCUACGCAUCCAGCUCGACGCCCCAACAGAGCGGCUACACACCAGCGUCGGGCACCAUCAACGGCUACGUCAACAACAUGACCAACCUGGGGGGCUCGCCCACCUUCCUCAACGGCUCUGCCACCAACUCGCCUUACGGUAUCGUCCCGUCCAGUCCCGGCAUGGCGUCGUCCACCUCGCUGCCGUCCAACUGCUCAUCCUCCUCCGGCAUCUUCUCCUUCUCUCCUGCCAACAUGGUGUCUGUCGCCGCGAAGCAGAAGUCUGCCUUCGCCCCGGUGGUCAGACCCUCGUCCUCGCCGCCGCCAUCUUGUACGGCCUCCAACGGGAGCACGCUCCAAGGUGACCUCUGCCUUCUUCAGUGCAGUGACGUCACUUCACCACUAGGUCACGCUUCCUAAUGCUCUGAUUCUCUUGACCUUUGAACCUGCCCUGGCCUCCUGAGCAGAUCCAAACUUUGUGGACUCCAACAAGUUCUCCACAGGCCUGGUCUUCACCUGAUGUAUGUCCCGCCCUCCCCUUCUCAUAUGUCAAUCAUCAAGCCGCCUCUUAGCCCCGCCCAUCUGCACUGAUUUGAUUGUGCCACCCUUGUAUAUACAGACCUGAUCAAAAUCUUAAGACCAGUUGAAAAAUUGCUAGAAUUUGCAUUUUGCACAUUUGGAUCUUAAUGAGGUUUUAGGUAGAGCUACAAUAUGCAAAAACAAGAAGGGGGAGUGAGACAAAAAGCACUUUGAAAAAGUAAUUUAUUGAAAACAACAAUUAAACUAAAAUAGUCUGUUUAUCAGCUGAUCAAAAGUUAAACACCAUCGCUCAAGAAAUAACAAAAAACUCUCCAAACCAGAACAAAAAAUGUUCUCAGUAGGACUCAGUAAUGAGUAUCUCCACCAUACUUGUUAUUCACUUCAAAAAUUGGUUUGGGCAUGCUUGAUGCGAGUGUUUCCAGGAGGCUAGUGGGAACAUUGCUCCAAGUGGUGAAGAUGGCUUCAUGAAGGGCAUCAUCUGUCUGGAAAUGAUGGCCAUUUUUAUAAACUUCCCCUGCCAUCCAUCCCCAAAUGUUCUGUAUGGGAUUUAAAUGAGGGGAACAUGCAGGAUGGUCCAAAAGAGUGAUGUUAUUCUCCCUGAAGAAGUCCUUGGUCAAGCGAGCAUUGUGAACUGCAGCGUUGUCCUGUUGAAGAACCCAGCUGUUACCACACAGACGAGGGCCCUCAGUCAUGAGGGAUGCCCGCUGCCGUUUGACGACCCUGCGCCAACUGAAGCUCCAGUGUUCCACUGAAUGACAAAGCAACCCAGAUCAUGAUGGACCCCCCUCCACUGUGCCAGGUAGAAAAAGCUGAUAAACAGCCUAUUUCAGUUUAAUUGUUGUUUUCAAUAAAUUACUUUUUCAAAAUGCUUUUUGUCUCACUCCCCCUUCUUGUUUUUGCAUAUU